AUGGUAAAACCAAUAUAUAUAAUACGGCCGUUUACUUAUUACGGGCCGAAACGUUACCGUCGGCGCGGAUAUAUCCCUCGGCAUAAGUUAAUAAUAAUUUUAAUGCUAAAACCCUUCCUUUUACAUAUCGGAAAACCAUUCUCGCUUCGGUUUAUGGGUAAUAAUACGGGAUGGAUAUUAUUAUAUAAAAAUAAAUCAGCCGGUAGGAAUAUCCCCGGUAACGUUUUGGGAAAUACCACCUGCAUCUUAACCGCUAUUAGCCAAAUCCCGGAUUUAAUAUAA